AUGCUCGCGCAGCCCAGCGAGGCGCCGCGGCGGCGCUGGCCCGCGCGGAGCGUCGCGCUCCUGGGCCUGGGCCUCGUCGGCGCGCGGGUCGUCGCGCACGCGCGCCUCGGGGCGCUGCCGGCGCUCUACGCGCGCUACGCCGCCGCCGACGACGCGCCCCCCGCGGGCGGCGGCGCCGACGAGACGGAGACGGACGACGCCGCGGCGCGCGCGGACGGCGACGACGGCUUCGCGUCGCGCGGGGGCCUGCUCGCGACGACGGACUCGGCGAAGCCCCACGUGCUCUUCGUCCUCGUCGACGACAUGGGCUCCAACGACGUCGGCUACCAGUCGCACGACAUGGUCGGCGUGACGCCGUUCAUCGACGGCCUCGCGGAGCAGGGCGUGCGACUGAAGGAGUACUACUCCAUGCACAUGUGCACGCCGGCGCGCGCCGCGCUCAUGAGCGGCCACUACCCCAUGCGCAUCGGCAUGCAGCUCGAGAACAUCAAGCCGGAUUCGCCCUGGGGCAUGCCCCGGGAAUUGACGACGAUGGCCGAGACGUUGAAGAACCUGGGCUACAACACGCACGGCGUGGGCAAGUGGGGCCUGGGCCACUCCCAGCACGGGUUCCUGCCCGUGAACCGGGGCUUCGACACGUGGUACGGCUACCUGAGCGACGAGAUCGACUACUACAGCCACGAGUACCCCGCGCCGUUCGAGACCGUCGAGGACGGCGCGACGGUCAUGGCGUCCUUCACGGACUACGUCUUCAUGGAGCGGUCGCGGCCCUACGACCUCCAGUACAUGCCGGACCUCAACGGCACGCACAGCUCCGAGCUCUACACGCAGCGCGUGCAGCAGAUCGUGAAGAGCGCGAACGCGAGCCGCGAGCCGCUCUUCGUCUACUACGCGUCGCAGAUGACGCACGGGCCCCUGGACGUGCCGCCGCGGUCCGCGUUCUCCGACGCCGAGUGGGCGCGCAUCGGCGCCGACAUCAAGGGCACGGUGCGCCGCAAGUUCGCGUCGCUCCUGCUCGCGCUCGACCAGUCCGUCGGCCGCGUCGUCGAGGAGAUGAAGCGGUCCGACGUCUGGCGCGACACGUUGUUUGUGUUCGCCUCGGACAACGGCGGCUGCUGGGCCCAGGGCGGCACGAACUACCCGCUGCGGGGCGGCAAGCACUUCCUCUGGGAGGGCGGCGUGAAGGUGCCCGCGUUCGUCUACAGCGAGCUGAUCCCGUCGUCGUACCGGAACCGGGCGCACCGGGGCCUCUUCCACGUGACGGACUGGUACCCGACCCUCGUGAAGCUCGUCGCGUCGUCGAACUCGGUGCUCGCGUCGACGAACGACGACGACGACGAGACGACGACCGCGCUCGAGAAGGUCGACGACUUGGACGGCUUCUUCCAGUGGGAGGCGCUCAUGGGCCUCGCGGACCCGCCGCGCGUCGAGGUGCCCAUCAACGUCCAGUCCUACGCCUUCACGUGCACGGGGCCCAACGGCACGCUGCUGCAGGACGCGGACUCUUUGGGAGCGGUGUCGGACUGCGCGGACCCGUGGCACAUCCUGGUGCGCCAGGGCAACGCGACGCGCGCGGCGCUCCGCUACGGCGACUGGAAGCUCCUCGUCAACGAGUUCGCCGAGCCCUGGUACGGCGUCCCCGCGGAGGGCGCGGACGCGCUCGGGCUGGACCUCGCGGACGGGUCCGCGGACCUCGGGGACGACGAGGGGCCCAUGGACAACUGCGGCACGGCCGUCGGCACCGAGGCCCACACCUACCUCUUCGACCUGAAGAACGACCCCUCCGAGACCAUGGACCUCUCCGGCGAGAAGCCCGAGGUCCGCGACGCGCUGAAAGCCCGGCUCACGGAGCUCAUGGCCACGGAGGCCGCGUCCAUCUGGAAGGCGGAGACGUCCGAGGCCUACGGCGCCUGGGCGAGCCACCACAACUGCAUCAGCCCCUGGAUCGACGCGAGGUGCCCCGGCGCGGCGUCGACGCCUGGGUCGACGCCGCGUCUGUCGGCGGUCUGCGAGCUCGCGUUUCCCGAGGGGUCGUCGCCGGCGGAGCCGGACGUCGUCGUCUGGACGGGCGAGAAGUACGAGCGCUACGCGGGGCGGCGGUCGACGGAGGCGCUCAUGCAAGCCAUACUCGAGGCCGGGCAGCGCGUCGCGUCGCCGGCGGCGGCGGCGGCGGAGGUCGCUUUUGACUCGACCGUCUCAGACCUCGGAGCCUCGGGUGCGGACGCGAGGGACUGGAAGGCGACGCUGCUUCGGAGUCUGUCCCUGUUCGGGAGGAUCGGACCGCGCAUGGGGCCCGACGCGCAGAAGCCCAUCGUCGAGGAGAUCACGCGGGGCCUCGAGACGUGCUUCGAGGCCGUCGCGUCGCGAAGCGACCCCAAAAGGGCGGAGCUGCUCGUGGGCCUCGCGCGGACGGGGCAUUACGAGCUCGCGCUGCGCUUCGAGGCGCGCCUCGACGAGCGGUUCGGCAGCGCGCCGCCGCCGCCGGACGGGGCGACGCCGCUCUUCGUCGCGGCGCUCGGAGGUAGUCUCGCGCGCGUCGAGGCCCUGCUCGCGACGCCGGACGUGGACGUGGACUCGACGACGGUGGACGGUCGCACGCCGCUCUUCGCCGCGGCGAGCAACGGCCGCGCGGACGUCGUGCGGGCGCUGCUUCGGGCGGGCGCGAGCGUCGAGCGCGACGCGUGGACGCCGUUGCGCGUCGCGAGCCAGGAGGGGCACGUCGCGAGGGCGUGGGAGCUGCUCGAGGAGGCAGGGGUGGGGGACGACCCGGACGUGGCGCCUGUCGAUGCGCUGCCGCCGCGCGGGGCCGCGCGCCGCCCGAAGAUCAUCCACCUCACCGACAAGUCGCGCGCCGCCGUCCCGCCCAAGGUCUUCGCGCAGUUCCGUCGCUUCGCGCCCGACCACGAGGUGCGAUUCUACGACGACGAGGCGUGCCGAGCCUACCUCGCGACGCACUUCCCGCCCGCCGUCGUGGCCAAGUACCUGGAGCUCGACAUGCCGGCGCACCGAGCCGACCUCUUCCGCUACGGAGUCAUGUUCGUCGAGGGAGGCGUCUACCUCGACGUCAAGACCGUCCUCGUGCGCCCCUUGGACGAGGCGUUCCCGGACGAGGCGCGGCUCUACACCGUCCUGUCGAAGCACGCCGGGCGCAUCCACCAAGGCAUCCUCGCGAGCCCUCCCCGCAACCGGAUCUUCGCGCGAGUCAUCGAACUCGCGCUGGCGACGCCGCGCUUCGAGGGGCAGGGCGCGACUCUGAGCGAGUGGGACAAGGCGCUCUACCACUCGUUCACGGAGCAGUUCUACGACGUCCUGCGCGCGCAGGCCGCGCCGCUCGUCGUAGGCUCGCUGAGCGGGACGAACGUGACCCUGCACGCGGAGCGGUGCUUCGACGUCGGAGACGGCGGCUGCGCUCGCGGCGACCGCUACGGCGACUGCUGCACCGUUCGCGACGCCGCGGACCGGAUCCAUUUCGUGACGCGCUUCCAGGACUACCGACUCGACGAGUCGAUGGACAAAAUGCGGCUGGCUUCGGAGCUCGCCGAGGCCGGUCGGCGCGACGAAGAAAAAGAAGCGCUCUACUCCGCGGUGGACGCGCACCAGGGCAACUGGAGAGCGAUGCUCCUCUGGGGUCUGGCCCUCCUCGGGAAGCCCCCAGCGGCCGAUCGGGGACAAUCCCCAACCUUCGAAAGGGCCAUGUGGGCCCUCCAACUCUGCGCGGCCGCCGUGGCGUCGCCGGAGCCGGCCGCGGUCGCGAUCGCCCGCAGGGCGGAGAUGCUCGAGCUGCUCGCGCAGUCGGGCCACCACGACCUCGCGCGGAGCUUCGAGCUCUUCUUCGACGAAAGGAUGGCCAGCGCGCCGCCGCCGGCGGCCGCGGCCGCGGCCCUCGAAGAGGCGCGAGACGCAUACGUCACGCUCGUCACCUCGGACCCGUUGUACGGGGUCGGGGCGGAGGUCCUCGGCCUCUCGAUCCAAGCCGCGGAAGCCGAGCGGAUGGAAGGGCUCGGCGGCCGUGGGGAGACGCGGGCCUUGGUCGCGCUCGUGUCGAACGAGCCCGAGAUGGACGGCGCGGCUCGCAGGCUCGCGGCGGUCGGCUACGACGAGGUGCUCCGCGUCGAGACCCUGUCGUGCGCCCCGCUGCGCGGCCCCGCCGAGGUCCCCGAACGCUUCGAGACCGCCUGCACCAAGCUGCACGUCUUUAACCUCACGCGGUUCCGCACCGUCCUCUACCUCGACGCGGACGCCGUCGUGACGCACGAAACCGCGACGUCCCUCUUCGACCGCCAACUGACGAGCGAGCGCCCGCUGGCCGCCGCGCCCGACGCCCCGGCAUCGUCCCUCUUCAACACGGGGGUCCUCGUCCUGAAGCCGAGCGCCGAGCUCUUCGCCGCGCUCCUCGACGGCCUCGACGGCGGCGACUCGUACGACGGCGCCGACCAGGGCUACCUCAACGGCGUCUUCUCGGAGUGGUACGCAUGGAGCGCGACGCAUCGGCUCUCCCCGCGCUUCAACCUCCUCCAGAUCGUGAGCUUCGCCCACGAGCCAACGUUCCGCCACUACGAGCGCCAAGGCGUCGCCGUCUUCCAAUUCGUCGGAGGCGACAAGCCGUGGCUCCCCGCGCACGCCCGCGCCCGGCCCACCGACGGCACCCCGACGGAGCCCUACCACCGGAUGUGGCGCAGCCUCGCCGACGAAAGCUGGGCCAUCACGACGGGACAGCGCGAGCUGAGCGCCAACGCGUGGGCAGGCGCGUGGAAGCAGCUCCAUCGCGAUAUUCACGCGCGCGCGCCGCGCGCCUCGAGGCCCUCCGCCCGAGGAUGA